AUGUCGGACUUGCAGAAGGACCCCCACAAGGCCGAAGUGGAGAUGCACGAGAACCAGGAUGCGGUCGACAGGGACAUGGGCCACCUGGCACUGCAAGAGGCGCACGACGAGUCGCCAAUGCAGGCCGUGCGGCGGCACCCAUGGACGGUUCUGUGGAUCGUCUUUGCUAUCUGGCAGUGUGUUGCCGUGUCGUUUGAUGCCCAGGCCGGAUCGGCCGUACUGAGUAUCCCGAAGUUCCGCGAGAACUACGGAUUCCUCAACUCGGAGGGCACGUACGAGCUCUACGCCAAAUGGCAGUCGGCUUACUCUGGCGGUCCGGCUGCCGGCCAGGUCAUCGGCACCAUCAUCUCGGGCAGCAUCGGCGACUACAUCGGACGCAAGUGGAACCUGUUCCUGUGCUACAUCCUGCUCUUGAUCGGCAUCACGGUCGAGGUAGUUUCGGACAUGACCGCCAACAACAACGCCGUCUUCUUCGUGGGCAAGGUCAUCAACGGUGUCGCCCUCGGCGUCCUUGUCACCACCAUCAUGACCUACAUCGGCGAGAUUGCUCCGCUUGCGCUUCGCGGUAUCGUGACUGCCGCGGCCGCGGCCGCAUUUACCCUCGGCCCUCUCGUCCAAUCGCUCAUCACUAACUCCUACGGCAACCUCGACAACGCCUGGGCGUACAAGUCGAUCUUUGUCGCCCAGUACGGCGUCACUGGUCUCGCUAUCCUCUUCUGGCCUUUAAUGCCCGAGUCACCCACUUGGCUCAUCUCCAAGGGCCGCAGGGAGAAGGCGGAGCGCAGCCUGAGCCGCCUCGGCAACGACGACGAGCAGAUCCUCAAGCGCGUCGCCGACAUCCAGCUCACUCUCGAGGAGGCUAGCCUCGAGACUGAUGGCGUGACAUGGGCAGAGUGCUUCCGCAAGUCCAAUCUGCGCCGCACCAUCAUCGCCGUCAUGCCCCUCACCAUCCAGACAUUCACCGGUGUUUACUGGGUUGCCGGCUACGCUACCUACUACUUCCAGCUGGCCGGCUACUCGGACCAGCAGUCGUUCCACAUUGCCAUCGGCCAACAGAUCCUGUCGCUGGCCGGCAACGUUACCUCGUGGUUCCUGAUCGAUCGUGUGGGCCGCCGUGGCCUCUCCCUCUGGGGCCUUGCCAUCCUCACCGUCGUCCUGUUCGCGUGCGGCGGGUCAGCCGUUCCCGGCACCAUCCCUGGCAACAAGGCUGCCACCGGCCUGAUCCUCGUCUACUGUUACCUCUAUAACGUGACCAUCGGCGCGACCGCGUACGUCGCCAUGUCCGAGGUCGCCACAGGGCGUCUGCGCCAGAAAACGGCCUCACUCGCGUACAUGACCCAGGGCGCGAUCGGUACCAUGUGGAGCUUUGUCCUGCCCUACAUGUUCAACCCGUCCGAGGCCAACAUGGGAGCCAAGGUCGCAUUCGUGUUUGGGGGCUUUUCCAUCCUCUGUUGCUUCUACUUUUACUACUACCAUCCCGAGACCAAGCACCGCUCGUACGAGGAGCUCGACGAGAUGUUUUUCAAGGGCAUCCCCGCGCGCCAGUUCUCGACCUACCGCACGGAUGCCCAACUUGCCAGCGAGCAGGUCGCAGCCGACGUCGGGCACGGCGAUCGCCACGUCUAA